CUCAUGUAUCUAAAAUAUUCUGCACUGAUUUGUACUGUAAAGUAGCCUCUCGUGAUGUGAAGUUGAUAUGAUAUGGAAAGAACUGAAUAUUUUUUCAAAUCAAAGAGGAUGAGGCAGUCACUCUGAGAAAAUGCGUAGCUGCUCUCCAGGUUGUGUUUGUGCAGGGUGCAAAAUGACAGACUUCAGAUGUGACCUUCUAAGGAUGGUGCAAGAGUUCAUAUCUCAGCAGGCACAGCAGGAGGUGUUCUUCCCGCUGCUCUGCCGCAUGAGUCAGCAGGCAAGUGGUUAAGUUGGUGAGCCUUGGCUUUGCCGGUUGGAGCAUCCAGCCUCCCAGAGUUAACCUGCAGCUCUGCUCAGAGCAGUGAGGGCAGAGGAUUCAGAAGCGUCCGGAGCUCUGGCUUGCAGAGGAACAGGCAGCUGCCGCAGCAGGUCUGGCAGAUUUCCAAGUGUUGAGAGUCUAAGCCCAGCAAUGUGCAAACGGAGCCAGGUUCUGAGCAGCCAUUCGCUUUACUAGGAUACAGAAACUCUUCUGAGUAGUAGAAUCAGGAGAAAUGGCAAAGCGUUCCUUCUCCAUGCUGGAGAUACUCUUAAUUUUCCUCCUUGUGAUGAUGACUGCCAUUACAGUGUCUCUUCUCACCCUCUUGUUUGUCACCAGUGGGACCAUUGAAAACAACAAAGAUUCCGGAAACCAUGGCUUUUCAACAACCCAGCACACUGCAGUGAGCCAGAGUUCCACAGCCACCCAAGCCUUUUCAACAACCCCAGAACCUCCCCUACUUCAGAAUUUUAGUGGCUACCAUAUUGGUGUUGGGCGAGCUGACUGCACAGGACAAGUAUCAGAUAUAAAUUUGAUGGGCUUUGGCAAAGCCGGCCAGAAUGCACAAGGCCUCCUUACGCGGUUGUACAGCCGUGCUGUCAUCAUGGCGGAACCUAAUGGAUCGAAUCCAGUGGUGUUUGUCAGUAUUGAAAUAGGCAUGGUGUCCCAACGACUUAGGCUGGAGGUCUUAAGCAGACUGAAGAGUAAGUACGGAUCCCUGUACAGAAGAGACAAUGUUAUCCUGAGUGGCACUCACACCCACUCGGGCCCAGCAGGAUUUUUCCAGUACACUUUAUUUGUCCUUGCCAGCGAAGGAUUCAGCAAUCGAACCUUCGAGUACAUGGUCUCAGGCAUCAUGAAGAGCAUUGACAUAGCACACCAAAAUAUGAAACCAGGCAAAAUCUUCAUCAAUAAAGGAGAUGUCACUGGUGUGCAGAUCAACCGAAGCCCUACUUCUUACCUUCUGAAUCCAUGGUCAGAGAGAGCCAGGUAUUCUUCAAACACAGAGAGGGAAAUGGUGGUCUUGAAAAUGGUUGACUUGAAUAGAACUGAAUUGGGCCUUAUCAGCUGGUUUGCCAUCCACCCAGUUAGCAUGAAUAACACCAAUCAUCUUGUAAACAGCGAUAAUGUGGGCUAUGCAGCUUACCUUUUCGAGCAGGAGAAGAAUAGAGGAUAUCUACCUGGCCAAGGACCCUUUGUGGCAGCCUUUGCAUCAUCAGCUCUAGGAGACGUGUCCCCCAACAUUCUCGGCCCACAGUGCAUCGACACGGGAGAGUCUUGUGACAAUGCCAAUAGCUCUUGUCCCAUUGGCGGGCCUAUGAUGUGCAUGGCUAAGGGUCCUGGACACGAUAUGCUUGACAGCACACAAAUUAUAGGACAGACCAUGUACCAGAGAGCAAAGGAACUGUAUGACUCUGCCUCCCAGGAGGUGACCGGACCAGUUGCUUCCGUUCACCAGUGGGUGAACAUGACAGAUGUGACUGUCUGGCUCAAUUCUACACACACUGCAAAAACAUGCAAACCAGCACUGGGCUACAGUUUUGCAGCUGGCACCAUUGAUGGAGUUUCAGGCCUCAACUUUACACAAGGGAAAACUGAAACGGAUCCAUUUUGGGAAUCCCUUCGGGACCAGCUCUUGGGCAAACCAUCUUAUGAAAUCAAAGAAUGCCAUAAACCAAAGCCAGUCCUUCUGCACACUGGAGAGAUCACAAGACCUCAUCCCUGGCAUCCAGAUAUUGUUGAUGUUCAGAUGAUUACUCUUGGGUCUUUGGCCAUAGCUGCUGUCCCUGGAGAGUUGACGACUAUGUCUGGACGAAGACUUCGAGAGGGAAUUCAAGCAGAAUUUGCAUCAUAUGGGAUGAAGGAUAUGACUGUAGCAAUUUCUGGUCUAUGCAAUGUUUACACACAUUAUAUUACCACGUAUGAAGAAUACCAGGCUCAGCGGUAUGAGGCAGCAUCUACAAUUUAUGGACCACAUACUCUGUCUGCUUAUAUCCAGCUCUUUAGAGCCCUUGCUAAGGCCAUUGCUACGGACACUGUUGCCAACAUGAGCAGCGGUCCAGAGCCUCCAGUUUUCAAACAACUGAUACCUCCACUUAUCCCUAAUAUUGUGGAUAGAGCACCGAUAGGCAGAAACUUUGGGGAUGUUCUGGAGCCACUGAGACCUCAAUACAGAGUGGGAGAAGUUGCUGAAGUUACAUUUGUAGGUGCUAACCCAAAGAAUUCAGCAGAAAACCAAACCCAUGAGACCUUUCUCACCGUGGAAAAAUAUGAAGACCCUACAGCAGCCUGGCAUGUCAUGUAUAAUGAUGCCUCCUGGGAGACUCGGUUUUAUUGGCACAAAGGAUUACUGGGUCAGAGCAAUGCAACAAUUGAAUGGCAUAUUCCAGAGACUGCCCACCCUGGAAUCUACAGAAUAAGAUAUUUUGGACAUCAUCGGAAGCAAGAACUUCUGAAGCCUGCGGUUAUCCUGUCAUUUGAAGGCACUUCCUCCGCUUUUGAAGUUGUAACUACUUAGUGAGAAGCUGACAGUUAUUUAAAGAGCAGCUUUACUCCGUGUGUAUUAUGCAACUGGUUUCACAUAAGUGUGAAUCACCAUUGGGACUUCUAUAAUUGUCCCUGUUUGGGGACAGAUAGUUUACUGCUGGGACAAAAUCGUGUGUGAGUGUGUGUGUGUGUGUGUGUGUGUGUGUAAAAUAAAGAGUAAGGGACCCGGAAGGAAGAGAAAGAAUGAGAGCGUGAGGGACGAUGUGUGUGCGUAUGUGAGUGUGUCUGUGUCCCGUGUAUCUUACUCCAGUAGCCAUGCACCUUGGUCUUCAGCCUAAGCAUGACUGCCCUUGAGGCCUUGUGAUUAUUUAAGGGACAGUUCUCUCCAAUAUGAAACCUCUGAAAUGUUAGUGAGAAUGUUCAAAGAUGUGUGAGUAAUGUGUAGCCUGUUUAUUUAUAGAACUAUUGAAUGGGAAACGUUUGUAAAAAUUGUCUAGAUUGGAGUUUUAUUUUACAGACUGGAAAAAUGAGGUUUUGUGGAGUUCAGAUUCAAAUAAGCUUAUAGCACCCCCCCAAUGCAUUUAAAAAGUAUUACAUAACCUUGCCAUAAAUAUAGAACCUUAAUUAGAGAAACAGAAAAUUAGCAUGUCAGUUUUUUGUGCAUUCAAAUAAGUAUAGCUCUUCUAAGUAGUCACUGGUGUUGGUAUGCCAAUAUAGAGUUGAUGCUCAAAUCAUUUCUGGAAUUACCUUCAGACCCCAAUUAUGAGAAGUCAGACUUCGAAUAUUUUGAUUAUGCCUUGUAUUCCCUUAAGUGUCCUUAUUCUAGAAGAUUAUAUCUGUUAUUCUCAAGAUUUACUCUGUGAUUUUUUUUAUUGGUUUUGCCAAUUAAAUUCACCCCAAACCACAAAGCUUUGCCAUUAGUGUAGAUUUUAAAAUGAGGGUUACUGGCUGGAAAGCAGUCCUUAAAGAGGAGGUUCAAAGUUUAUUUUUCUGUUCUUUUAUUACCUACCAUUUACUCGCUUGUGUGUGCAUGAAUCUACUCAGUCAUAGAAUAUUCAUUAAGACUUAAUGUCCAGCAUUCUACUGGUGCCUGGUCUUGAUAAUCAGUGAGGUCACAUUUGAGAUGAAUGUGUGUAAAAAGGUGAAUUUUUUUUUUUUUAUCGGUACCGGGGAUCGAACUCACGACUGCCUGCUUGCAAGGCAGACGCUCAUGCCGCUGAGCUAAAUCCCUAGACCCAAAGUGAAUAUUUUGAAGGAGAAAAUAUUUGAUUUAAUAUGUAUGAUAGCAAUAUGAUAUUUUAAAACAUGACAGUAAAAGAUGCAUUGCAAUUAUGUCUCCCAUCACUCUUGCUGCUUUCUGAAGUAGUCUUGGAAAUUUUUCUGAAGUGAUUUUUACAUUUUGUUGCACUGUCUUAGUUGCCUAGAUGUCCUGAAUCAAUUCUAAAUGUUUACCUGUCAUGAUUAUUUUGACUUUAAGAAAGAGCCAGCACUUAAACUGUGCCAGAGCUAAUGAAUAAGGCAGAGGAGGACGCGCCGUGUUUUCACAAGCCAGGCUUCCCAGUAGAUGGCACUUGGUAGCAGCAUUCACUGUACUUCUGAUCACACCUUGAAGAUGUGGAAGAGAAUUUCCAGACCUGCUUUUAGAAAGUAGCCAAAACAGUGGGAUAAAUGUGUUUACAGAAAGUAAGGGUAUUGGAGGGGAAAUAAAGGCAAUGUGUCUUCUACUGUAAUAAUUCUUUUAAAAUUUAAAUGCUUACCAUAUUUUUGCUCAGUCCUUGUAUAAAUUCUAGAGAAACAUGUGAAACUCAGUAAUGUUGCAGUUACAUGCUAUGCAUAUUCAGUGUUGCAUACUGUAACUUUGGAUGAAAAGGCUCCAGACAGUGUGAUAAAUACUGUUGUCAAAGUCACUUGGGGGCAUUACGAAUGACAUAGCUUAGUAUCUCUGUGAGUGAGAUAUGACAAUCUAGUAUCAAAGGUCUAAAAGUACUAGUUGUAUUUAAAAUUAUCUAGGUUAACUAGGAACUUCCAAAGUACAAAGCAUAUUUCUAAACCCCACGUUACACUUUUUUAAAGGCCCAUGUUUGUAGUACAUAAUGAUUGCAUUCUUCAUGGGGAGUAGGUACGUGUAUAUAAUGUUAUCUUAUUAUUUUUUUAUUUCCUUCUCUUCCCCUUACUCCAUCUCAUAUGAAUGUAAAAGCUUUUGCAUCUUAGGUGGAGAACCAACCUUUAUUUCAAAACUAAACUCUAAAUUUUGAUAUUACGUUAAUGUAAGAACACUUACGUUCGGUUAUGUAUGACUUACACUUAAAAAUGAAUUAGAAUGUACCCGGGAUACUCUUUGGAAAUCACUAUUUCAGACAGUGUUUCUAUGGAAGUUAACUGCUGAAGAUUAUUAAUCAGAAUUUCCAAGGUUUGUGAUUAUUUUUCCUAAAGACUAUCACUGUAUUUGUUAUAAAAGUUUAGGGGCCUAAAAAAAGCAAAUAUUUCUGCAAUCAGUUGAUUUCAAAUCCCCUUCCUCCCAAAUUAUAUAUAACAAAUUAUAUGAGUGUUUUAAAAAAUGCUUCUCACUAUUCAGAAGAAUUUAUUAAUGGCUUUCA